UGUGACGCAUCUCUUCCGCUGGAGGAGAUCCUCCGACCUGAUACGAGACUCAUUGGCAUGCUCAAGAAGGUGUGGAUCCAGUACGGUCAUAGUGCAUGUGCCAGGAUGAUGGAUCUUAUGGUCGAGCGGAUUCACAAUUAUUUCCGUUCGCUGGGACUGGACGACGAAGAAGCGGAAUCGCUGCACAUGCGCUAUUACAAAGAGUAUGGACUUGCUAUCCGCGGUCUUGUACAGCAUCAUGCUAUUGACCCAUUGGAUUAUGACCAAAAGUGUGACGCAUCUCUUCCGCUGGAGGAGAUCCUCCGACCUGAUACGAGACUCAUUGGCAUGCUCAAGAGUUUGAAGAGCCGUAAGACAAGCGUCUUCAGCCUGACAAAUGCGUACAGAGUUCAUGCGCGCCGUGUCCUAUCGCUACUGCAGCUUGACUCGAUUGUCGAGGGUAUCGUGUAUUGUGACUAUACGAAUCCAGAGUUUUCGUGCAAGCCUGAGGCAGAGUUUUACCUUGCUGCGCAGGAAGCUGUCCAUGCCGCGCCCACAGCACAGCACUACUUUGUGGAUGACAGCAUAGCCAACGUACGGCAAGCCAUCAAGCUGGGCUGGUCCAAAAGU